AUGGAGAACGUCCAUUCCCUUGCAGAUCAAGCGUUGGAUUUACUUCAUCAGAAUAUUGACAAGAAUUACAGAGUUUUAAUUGGAAUUGUUGGUGCACCGGGAUCUGGUAAAUCGACCAUUGCAGAAAGGUUGCAGGAUGAAAUUAAUGAACGAUACUAUGAAUAUUUGAGGAGUCAUGAUAUUACUGAAACUCAUGUUAAAGAAUUGAAAGAAGAUAUACAUUUGGUGGACGAUUUGGCAGAGGCAGAUGCCAAGACUCGUGAAGAAAUUGAUCAUGGUUUCUACUCUCAUGUUGAAGACACUAGCUUCAAGCCUGUCAAGAUUUCGAAUGUAGACGGGUCGAUUACUGUGAUGGGAAGAGGUGGAAAGGAUAAUGCAUUCAAGAUAAGAACAAGACAUAAUAUAUCUACUCUAACCGUUGCGAAGCCAGCUAUUGCUCAAACGGUAGUGAUGGAUGGAUUCCAUCUUUCGAGGAAACAUCUGGAUUGCUUUAGAGAUCCGGAAAUGGCACAUCGUCGUCGUGGUUCUCCCCCAACGUUUGACAGUAAUAACUUUUUAGAGUUGUGUCGUGUUUUGUGCAAAACAUGCACUUUGCAUGACGACAAUAAUAGCUCUUCAUCCGAGAAAAUAUCCAGGACCCCACCUGUCAAAGAUGAUUUGUUUGCGAAGGUGACCAGCAGCUUCGUUAAUGUUCCCGAAGUGGUAUUUCCUGGGUUUGACCAUGCACUAAAAGACCCGACUCCCGAACAGCAUUCAGUGCCUAACUAUACCCGAAUUGUAAUAAUCGAAGGUUUGUAUCUGCUCUUGGACCAGGAGAACUGGAGUCACAUUUACGAAAACAUUGCCAGCACGGACGCGUACUUAUUCUGGAAUAUAGUAACUGAUGAGGAAGUGAUUGAACAAAGAGUCGCUAAGAGACAUGUAAAAGCUGGAAUAUGCUCAACUAUUCAGGAAGGUAUAGAGCGGUUUAGAAGCAAUGAUCUGUUGAAUGGUAGACUAAUUCAAUCUAAAUCUCUUAGAGACAAGAUCCCUGACAAGCAGAAUCAUAUUAUUGAUAUUAGGAACGAUUGA